CUGGCUUUUGCUGUUUGUUGUUCUCUUGAGUGGAAGAAAGUUGCAGCCACAUAACCAGAUCCGACAAUGCCGAAGCAAAUCCAUGAAAUCAAGGACUUCCUUUUGACGGCGAGAAGGAAGGAUGCAAGGUCUGUGAAGAUCAAGAGAAGCAAGGACAUUGUGAAGUUUAAGGUCAGGUGCUCAAGGUACCUUUACACACUAUGUGUCUUCGACCAAGAGAAGGCUGAUAAGUUGAAGCAGUCUCUUCCUCCAGGUUUGAGUGUGCAAGACCUUUGAAGAUCUUUUGAAAUUUGGAUCUAUCAUGUCGAAGAAGACUAGCGAUGGCUCCAGUGAUGAAGCCUUCCAUAGGUCGUGAACCAAACGGAUAUGGAUUUCAAUCGAACAAUCUCUGGGUCGGUAGUUUAACGACCGAUACUACAGAACUCGAUCUAGCCGAUUUGUUUGGAAGAUUUGGUGAAAUUGAUAGAAUCACGGCGUUUUCUUCCCGUAGCUUCGCGUUUAUCUACUACAGGCGUGUUGAAGAAGCUGUGGCGGCGAAAGAUGCGCUUCAAGGUGCUAAUUUGAAUGGGAGUCUGAUUAAGAUCGAAUUCGCUCGACCGGCAAAACCUUGUAAGAGUCUUUGGGUGGGUGGAAUCAGCCCGAGUGUUUCAAAGGAUGACCUGGAGGCAGAGUUCAGGAACUUUGGCAAAAUCGAAGAUUUCAGGUUUCUUAGGGAACGCAAGACGGCUUUUAUUGACUUUUAUAACAUGGAAGAUGCUAUAGAGGCAAAGAACAUGAACGGAAAGAGAAUGGGAAAUAGCCAUUUGCGAGUUGAUUUUCUCCGGUCACAAGGGCCACGAAAAGAACCAUGGCCUGGCUCUAAUGAUGGCAGGGAUGGCAGUUUGAGUGCUAAACAACAGAUUGACGAGCAAACACUACACAAUUGUAUGAUACUCUUUGGUGAGAUUGAGAGAUGUAUUAGUUACCCAUCAAGGCAUUUCUCACUUGUGGAAUUUAGAAGCAUUGAGGAAGCUCGUUGUGCUAAGGAAGGACUACAUGGAAGGUUACUCAAUGAUCCACGAAUCACAAUAAUGUACUCGAAUGAUGACAUUCCCCCUGGACGAGGAGAUGAUACCAGUUUUUAUUCUGGUGCCAAACGAUCAAGGCCUGAGAUGUUCGUCAAUGAUCCUCCAUUCAUCUCGUCACCGCAUUCUAGUGGGUUUUUUGGCUCUAUGAGGCCCUUUCGAGGAAGCGUUGAACGUUCACAUAGUGGUCCAGAAUAUAGCGAUGUGGUUGGUACAGAAGAAAGCUGGGGGAGGCCAUCUCCAACUGAAGCUGGAAAAUCUGGAAUACUCCCGUUUCCUGCACCACAUACAAGGCUACCUGUUAGGUCAAACCGUGGUUCUUGGGAAGGAUAUGAUCCUGCUCAGUUGGAUAGAGAACCCAAAAGAACCCGUAGAGAUGGACCAGUGGGUGUUUUUCCUUCAAUGAGUGUAGAUGACCGUGUCACUGGGUUUGACAGGACAUAUGGGCGUGGGUCAGUUGCAGCCAGGUCCGGCCGUGGUUUCUCUGAUACUGAUUUCAUUUGGAGAGGAAUCAUUGCCAAAGGUGGAACUACUAUUUGUCGUGCUCGUUGUGUACCUUUCGGAAAGGGGACUGAAACUGAACUCCCUGAGAUCGUCAAUUGUUCAGCAAGAACGGGUUUGGAUAUGCUUGCCAAACAUUACACCGAAGCCAUUGAAUUUGAAAUCGUUUUCUUCUUACCAGACAGGGAAGACGAUUUCGCGUCUUAUACUGAAUUUCUCUGCUACCUUGGUUCAAAAAAUCGAGCAGGUGUGGCCAAAUUAGACGAUGGAACCACUUUAUUUUUGGUUCCUCCAUCAGAUUUCUUAACUGAUGUGCUCAAUGUGUCGGGUCCAGAACGGUUAUAUGGUGUUGUUCUCAAGUUGCCCCCACCACAGGUUCCUGCCGCAGCAUCGUAUAAACAAGAACCUUAUCCAAUUCCUCAAUCUUAUAUGGGUCAAUCUCGGAGUUUGCCUGCCAAUGCCAAUAAUGGUUUAUUCGCUGCUAGAGAAAAUCGAGCCGUGUUUGAAUACAACAGAGGUAUGCAGGAAGAAUCAAAGCCUUCUCCAAAAUCAUUGCUUGGUCCUUUGAGCGAAUCUGUUUCUGUACCUAAUACUGCAAUGCCUCAAGCUGAGGUUAGUCUAACGCCUGAGCUAUUAGCCACUCUGGCCUCCUUUCUCCCCACAACUUCUCAACCUACUGCCUCUGAAGGUCACCAGUCCGUUGGACUAUCCAGUGGAGAAGCUCCAUCACAAGCUUGGAAUCGAGAUCAAUCGACGGUCUCUGACCCAUCAAAUCUAUCAUUCCAACAAUUAGGCAAUCAAUACAAUCCGAUGGGGCAACUACCCCCUCCUCCUCCUCUUCCUCCUCCUCCGAUGCAUUAUCCUCCGGUGUCAAGCACACCGAGCUACUCCAGUGGAAUGGUCCAUGGUGGUAUGCAAUAUCAAGCACCAUUUGUUAGCACACCUCAGCAAGCUCCGUUACCUACUCCUCCAUCGAGUAAUUAUGCAAUGUACUCUCAAGGUUCACAUCAAGCUGUUUCUCAACCCUUGAGCCAGCAAUAUCAGCCUGAAGCUCCCAUGCUUAACCAAAACUACAUACCGGUCCCUGGAGCUGAGAAUCCUGUUUUGCAUGGUUAUCAGCAAGGUCAUUAUCACCGUCUGACAAAUAAUCAAGCGCAUAACGCAAAUCCUUCCCAAUCUCAAACUGCGAUGCCACCACCAGCGAACAUGAAAAAUUUGGAUCUGUCUAGCCAAGCACAGCAGCAGCUCCAGCCUUUGCUCCUUGGAGCUGGACAAGGUACGUCAGAUGGUGAGGUUGAUAAGAACCAGCGAUAUCAAUCUACUCUACAGCUUGCGGCUAACCUUCUUCAACAGAUUCAGCAACAGCAGCAACUGCCAUCAGAUGCUUCGACUGUUCAAGGCCCUUGAGAAGCUCCACAUCCCUUAAUCUGUUGGUGAUUCACUAUUCUUGCUCUUUGGUAUCUGAUCAAGUGCUUUCUGUUUUCUACUCUUCUUGCAUAAGCGCGCCGUGCUGAGUUUAAUUGGGUAUUAGGGUCUUCUGCUGUGAUGUCUCCUUCUACAUUAUGGCUUCUUGAACAAAUUAUAUGGGAAAAAGCUGUUUAGUAUGUGUGAUAACUGUAGCUUGUUAAAAACCAUGAAAGCUUGUGAAAAUAUAAGAUUGAACGUACA